AUGACACCGUUUCAGUAUGAUCGUCUCGAUCUCUCUAGGGACGCAAUCAGACUCGUCCGCCUCGUCAAGGGCAAGGCCCCCGAACCGAUACGCUGCGAACUAUACCAGACUUACCUCCACAAGGUCGAUGGCGUCCCCUAUGAGGCACUAUCGUACACCUGGGGAGACGACGACUCAUCCCAAUCAACUCGCAUUAUACUGAACGGACAAGAGGUCUGUCUUAGACCAAACUUGCACACAGCCCUCGAUUUCCUGAGACUCGAGGACUCAGACAGACUCCUCUGGAUUGAUGCCAUCUGUAUUGACCAAAGCUACGACAAGGAGAAAACUCACCAGGUCAAUCAAAUGAGGCUGGUAUAUACGCACGCAGAAUGUGUUCUCUUUUGGUUAGGACCAAGUGGCGAGCACACCAACGACUUGAUGGACUUGAUCACGGAUAUCGACCGCAACCUCAUGGCCGCCAAGCUCUCAAAAAAGAAUUGGCGACUGGCCAUUGAGAACACACACAACGAUUAUAAAAUAGAAUGUGAACAUUGGAAGGUUCAAGCAGCCAGAGAUCUAGUUUCAAGGCCAUGGUUCAGCCGAGUCUGGAUACUUCAAGAAGUUGCUAGUGCUCGCCGAGGCACUGUCAUAUGUGGCAGGAAGUCGGCACCAGCCCGAACGUGGGCGCUGUUGAUGCCAGUAUUGUUGGGCCGGGAUUUGGACGACCACACGCGCGCAGUCCUAGACAUCAUUCCAAGUCCUCAAAGGAGCGAAUCAUGGUGGCAGAAGAGGAGAGACCUAUUCACGCUGCUGAAAAAGUUCGCACACAGCAAAUCCAGUGAUCCAAAAGAUAAAGUCUACGCCCUUAUUGGAAUAUCGUCUGAUGCAGGACACAAUGAGCGUUUCCUGCCAGAUUAUAGCGCAGACAUGCAAAGCUUCGCACGGAACACAAUUUCGUACAUCCUUUUCGGAGAUGUUCGAAGCCCAGAGCAUAUUGAGCUCCCUUCUUGGACCGUGGACGCACUUUUUCGACACCAAAUUCGAACCCCCUCCUCUAAAGAGAGGACCCCAACAUUGCCGAGAUAUCAUCAUUGA